AUGGCAUCUACUUUACCAUUGCAUAUGUACGUUAGACCACUAAUUAUAGAGGAUGUUGAUCAAGUUUUAAGUUUAGAGACUCAAGGUUUUCCUGAAAAUGAACGUGCUUCUUUAGAAAAAAUUAAAUUUCGUUUAAAUACUUGUCCUGAACUGUGUUCUGGUUUAUUCAUUAGAGACUUUGAGGGCAAGGAAUUGAAGAAAGAAACUUUAAUUGGCCAUAUUCUAGGUACUAAGAUACAAACCAAUAAUAAGGUUGGUCCUCAAUUCAUUACAUUGGAGUCGAUGGGUGAAACCCAUUGUGAAUCAAGUGAUACUAUUGCAAUUCAUUCAGUCAUCAUCCAUCCAGAUUAUCAAAAGAAGAAUUUAGCGACUUUAUUAUUAACUGACUACAUUCAAAAAUUAAGUAACCAGGAGAUCGGUAGUAGAAUCGUAAUAAUCGCACAUGAACACUUAAUACCAUUUUACGAAAGAGUUGGUUUCGAACAAAAAGGUGAAAACACUGAUGUCUCAAAGGAUCCAUCAUUUGCCUCUACCAAAUGGAUAAAUAUGGUUAGAGAAUUGGUCAAGGAAGAAUACGAUAAUUAA